AUGGUAAACGUGGGAGAGAUGUCCGAAUCCUCCAGAUGGCUACAGGAACAUGAUCAGGAAGCAAAUGAGACUUUCAAGAGUUUUCAGCGUCUGAACGUUGAUGACUCCGAGUCCUCCAAAUUCUCCAGAUCUGAACGUAGCCCACCGAAACAAGAAGAUCUGCUGGCGCUGCGGCUCAAAGCUGAGACUCUGAGGACUGAACUUGAGGACUUGCAGAUUUUGAACGAUUCUAUGUGUGGUGAGGGUGUCGACGCUCUGAGCGUGGCUGAGCUUCGUUCGCUGUUAGGUCCGCUUGAACAAGGCGUUCUCCGUGUGGAAACCCAACUAGCAAAGAAGAGAAAAGAGCAGGAGGAAAUCGACGCAAGUAUGGUCAAGCAGGAAUUCGGAGAAGAAGGAGACACAGAUGCUGGUAAAUCAUGGAUUGAGAGCAAGAGGAAUCAGAGUUUGAAACUGCAGUUACUGGCCGCAAAGAAAAGAUCUUACCUAAGAAAGAGAGCGAGAGAGCUCCGGAGCAGCACUGAGAGCAGAAAACAUUCGGAUGACCAUAAAACACUGGUUCAAGCCAUCAAUAACAUGAAGAGAGAUAUCACGACAUUGCAGCUUUUGAACAGGAGAAUGUGCGGUGAAGACAUCGAUGGUAUGGAUUUCUUUGAGCUGCUGGUACUCCGCAAGCAGAUUAACUUUGGUCUGGUCUACGUUGAAUCCUGGGCGUUGAAAAAAGAGGGAAAGCUGGGGAACUAG